UGCCACAUACGACAAAAUGGAAUCUGAAGCAUGCAUUUUAAAGAUCACUUGUAUCUACUCUUGCAAUGGUUUUAACCAAAAGCAGAACUAUUCUGGCCUACAUAUUUAAUAUCUGGGCCUUAUUCAUAUCUUGUGAAGUUCUGUGGAGUACUUCAUUUCAGCAAAGAUUCUAGGGUUUUGGGUUUUUUUUUUUUUGCGGGGUGGCUACAAAAAGGAUUAUGACUGAGUGAUAGGUGAUAGGACUACUUCGUGGUUUUCUGCAAUUCUGUCCCUUAAUACAAAAUUCUAGAGAAACUAAAUUACAUUAUUUUAGUACUAACAUUCAGGGAAAAGUGUUUUUUGAUGUUUAUCUCCCUAAUCAUCUGUGUUUCAGAAAGAUCUGAAUCUGGUUCUCUAUUUUUUUUAAUGGGUUUCGAAAAGGGGGUGGCUGCAGAAGAGAGUGAGUUCUAGUGUAUAAAUCCAUCAAAGGGGGUUGGGCCUUGGUGUAUAAAGCCAUUGCUCUUGAUUGCUCAGUUCUGAAGGAGGAGGACUCAAGACUCCAGUGAGAAGGGGCAACUGUGACUGAGACUCUCAGCAGCUGGCAGCAGGAACAAGCAGAAGUUGGAUCUGAAGGCAGGAAACGGGACUUGGUUCUAGAAGGAAAUAAACUCAGGGCACGGAAGGAACACCCAUGGGUUGUUUCCGAACUUCACCGAGCCGUUCCUGGAUUUAUCCCACCGUGAUCCUCUGCUUAUUUGGAUUUUUCUCCGUGAUGAGACCCUCAGAACCCUUCCUUAUCCCUUAUUUAUCUGGACCAGAUAAAAAUCUGACUAGCGCAGAGAUCACAAAUGAGAUUUUUCCUGUGUGGACAUACUCUUACUUGGUGCUGCUGCUCCCCGUGUUUAUCUUCACCGAUUACGUCCGCUACAAGCCGAUCAUCAUCUUACAAGGGAUUAGCUUUGUCAUUACCUGGCUGCUACUCUUGUUUGGCCAAGGAGUGAAGACCAUGCAGGUUGUGGAGUUCUUCUAUGGGAUCAUUACCGCCACCAAGGUGGCCUACUAUGCCUACAUUUACAGCGUGGUCAGCCCAGAACACUAUCAGAAAGUGAGCGGUUACUGCAGGAGCAUCACGCUGGUGGCCUACACGGCAGCCUCGGUGCUGGCUCAGCUCUUGGUAUCUCUGGCCAAUCUAUCCUACUUUUACCUCAAUGUCAUAUCCUUGGCGUCUCUCUCCAUGGCCUUCCUUCUCUCAUUUUUUCUACCAAUGCCCCAGAAAAGCAUGUUUUUUCAUGCAAAACCCAGAAAAGAAGUAGAGAAGCCAUCAUACGUGAAUGAGGCGUUAGAUGAACCUCAUGAGGGUGAAGCAGCAGGUUAUGGGGAGGAGAAACUAACUUCAGUAAUACCUACCAUCUCGAGGAACCUGGAUGAUGGCUGGUUGAGCAGCCCAAAGCCAAAAAAUGUAGCUUUCAAAGUUUUUGUGCAGUGGUUCCAAGAUUUGAAAGAGGGCUACUCCUCAAAGCGUCUUUUUUACUGGUCCCUGUAGUGGGCUUUUUCCACAGCAGGUUUUAACCAGAUUUUCAACUAUGUUCAAAUCCUGUGGGAUUACAAGCCACCAUCCCAAAAUUCUUCCGUCUAUAAUGGGGCAAUAGAGGCUAUCGCAACCUUUGGAGGGGCUGUGGCUGCCUUUGCAGUGGAUUAUGUGAAAGUCAACUGGGACCUUCUGGGAGAGUUGGCUCUGGCGAUCUUCUCAGUUGUCAAUGCAGGCUCUCUCUUUCUCAUGCAUUACACAACCAACAUCUGGGCAUGCUACGCUGGCUAUUUAAUAUUCAAAACCAGCUAUAUUCUCCUUAUAACCAUAGCAGUGUGGGUAUUACCAACCAUGUUUUUCUUCAAUGAGAAGUAUAUACAUUAUCUAUGCAGCCAAAUGCCAAAAGAAGGUGCAGAGCUCUGCUACAAGUCAGAAUCCAUAUGGACCACACCCAGAGCAACUGAGGGAUGUCAUCAUGGGAACAAAGCUCUAAUAUUUUGUCAACUAUUACAACCUCUGCGCAAGAACUAUGCUGGUCACAAAGCCACUAAGUGCCAUAAAUUCAUACGUUUUACAAGCAUGGUUUCCAAUGUACCUUUUCAAAACCACAACGAAAUGUCAGCUUUAGACCAGAUAUCUGUGUGCCCAGCUGAACUAGAUGCAGUCAACUGGGCCCAUCAUCUCAAUGAAACAACCCAUGUUGGCAACCCCAGUGAAUAG